AUGUCCAAACACUUUCCGGCUAUCAGUCUAUACCCAAACAUUUUCCGGCUGAUUGUCUGUGUCCAUCCUUAUUUUGGUUGCUUGUCUAUGUCCAAACACUUUCCGGCUAUCAGUCUAUACCCAAACAUUUUUCAUCCUUAUUUUGGUUGCUUUCAUGUCUAUCAGUCUAUCCAAACAUUUUCCGUUUUUGAUUAUCUGUGUCCAUCCUUAUGGCUAUCAGUCUAUACCCAAACAUUUUCGGCUGAUUAUCUGUGUCCAUCCUUAUUUUGGUUACUUGUCUAUGUCCAAACACUUUCCGGCUAUCAGUCUAUACCCAAACAUUUUCCGGCUGAUUAUCUGAUCCUUAUUUUGGUUCUGUGUCCAUCCUUAUUUUGGUCCAUCCUUGUGUAUGUCCAAACACUUUCCGGCUAUCAGUCUAACCCAAACACAUUUUGGUUGCUUUGUCUAUGUCAAACACUUUCCUAUCAGUCUAUACCCAAACAUUUUCCGGCUGAUUGUCUGUGUCCAUCCUAUCAGUCUAUACCCAAACAUUUUCCGAUUGUCUGUGCCCAUCCUUAUUUUGGUUGCUUGUCUAUUGUUUUCAGUCUAUACCCAAACAUUUUUAUUGCCUGUGUCCAUCCUUUUUUGCUUGUCUAUGUCCAAACACUUUCCGGCUUUCAGUCUAUACCCAAACAUUUUCCGGCUGAUUGUCUGUGUCCAUCCUAUUUUGAUUGUCUCACCAUCCUUAUUUUUUACUUGUCUAUGUCCAAACACUUUCCGGCUAUCAGUCUAUACCCAAACAUUUUCCGGCUGAUUAUCUGUGUCCAUCCUUAUUUUGGUUGCUUGUCUAUGUCCAAACACUUUCCGGCUAUCAGUCUAUACCCAAACAUUUUCCGGCUGAUUGUCUGUGUCCAUCCUUAUUUUGGUUGCUUGUCUAUGUCCAAACACUUUCGGCUAUCAGUCUAUACCCAAACAUUUUCUGAUUGUCUGUGGUCUAUCACUUUCCGGCUUUCAGUCUAUGCCAAACAUUUUCCGGCUGAUUGUCUGUGUCCAUCCCCUUAUUUUGAGUUUGCUUGUGUAUGUCCAAAACCCUUUCCGGCUAUCAGUCUAUACCCCAAACAUUUCCGACUGAUUGACUGUAUGCAUCCUUAUUUAUUUUGGUUGCUUGUGUCUGUGUCCAAACACUUUCCGGCUUUCAGUCUAUACCAAACAUUUUCCGGCUAA